CAUCGUAAAAACCGGAAGAGUGGCGGCUCGCGUUAUUGCGGUUGACCUGAGAGCGAGAGACAAGAGACUUUUGCAUUUGUGAGCACAAGGCACCAGGCCAAGUGUGAGAGGCAUCGUUGGCCACAUGUCUCUCCGAGCCGCUUGUCCAUUGAGAAAAAAAGUCCGAAAACGCCGAGUGUGUUUACGUAAUCGUGAAAUUAUCUAGUUUGUGCCACGUUCCGCCAACCGAACUCUAAUAAUUACCCAUAUAUAUACAUAUAUACAUAAAAUUUCUUAGCUGCAAGUGUUUCAAUUUUUUUUUUUUUGAUCCCCACUUGCUUAUUAAAUAUUACAAGUUAUUUUAACAAAUAAAAAAAAACGUGCAAACACGAGUCUCGGAAACUCGGAAUUUUUUCCGCCGUCUGCUAGUUCACAUCGUAACUCGCGUCUCGUCCUUCCAUCGCCUCGUGUUUGUUUCGAAUAAAAAAAAAACUAAAAAAAUCCAGUGUUUGCGAUUUUUUUUUUAAACUAAAGCGACAAAAGAAAUUGAGGAAUUUUUUUUCUUUUUAAUUUCGUGAUUUUAAAGAAAAUAAAAAAAAGAGUUAAGAACCUGUUAACCGGUGGUUUAAUUGUUGGUGAACAUAACCUCAAAAGAGAGAGAGAGAGAGAGAGUGGGGAAAAAAGUUCGUAAAUCGCGAAUAAUUGAUCGCGUUUUUUUUUCGUUAUUAUGAAGUGUUGAAGGGAAAAAAAAUUAAACCCCCACCCCCCCUUAGUGAGGGAGAGUAAUAAAAAUUGUGAACAUUUUAAUGCUCGUGGGUGUGCGGGGGAGCUGACUUGGCUUUUCUCUGGACCUCGUGUUUUUCUGUCCUCGGGUGCCAAGAUGGCGGCGAGGGUGAGCGGCCAGAGCAGUAACGAGUCGACGGAUCUCCCCGGGCCUGGUGUUUCAUAUGCGAGUGUUCUCAAUAAUUUACAAAGGACAAGUGCAAAUAAAGAAAAUAUUUCUUCAUCAUCGUCAACAACUCAUGUUAAAGAAAAUCUUGAAACCACCACGACAAUUGGAAUCAAUGAAAAAAAAGAACAGGGAAAAUAUCAAAAAACAAAAAAAAAUACUACGCCCCUGAAUAGAGAGACGACAAAUCUCCACGAGGUGGAAAAAAAUAAUGUUACCGGUAAUAAUGAAAAUUUGGAAUUAAUAACAACAAAACAACGAAAUUCUGGUGAUAAAAUGAAAAAAGAAAUAAUUAUUAAUGGCGAAAUGGGUAGUGAUGGUGAAUUUCAAACAGUUGCACCAAAGAGUGCGCGAAGAAAGGAGAAAUUACGAGAACACAUUAGAGAUCAACAUAUUAGAGAGAGACAUAGAAAUCGCGACAGACAUCAUCAGCAGCAGCAACAGCAGCAGCAGCAACAACAAUCAAGAGGUCACAGUGGUGGGAGUAAAGAUAGAUUUAAAGAGAGAAUAACGCAGGAGAAUAAUAAAGAAAAGGAUAAUAAUCAUGAUGAUGAUGAUGAGGAACAACAACAGCAGCAACAACAACAACAACCGGUGAAAUAUGUUGAAGCACCAUUGCCAGCGAUUAAUCCAUGGAUUAAAUGUAAUAAAAAUUCCACUGUUUCAAAUUCUGUUGUUCCAAUUCCGGUUCCUGUUGUCGUUAACGAGCAAAGAGCCGCCGAGAGAGAGAAAAGAGUUUUACAACCACAGCAACAACAAACUAAACAAAUUGAAAAUGGCGUCGCUCCAGUGGUUCAACCGACAAUUGUCAGAGCACCGAAGGACAGGAGAAAAAUAAAUCAGAAGGCGAGUGACUUCUCUGAUAUUUGUGACUGGCCUUCAUUGGGAGCCCAAGGGGAAAAGAAAACAGUUGUGUCAACAACGCCAAAACAAAAUGGUAUCGAGCAAAAUAAUUCCAAGGAGAAUCAUGCAAGUAGUACCACCACUGAUAACAAAGGCAAGGAAAAUAAGGAGCAAAAUCAUUGCCAGGAUGACAGUGAUGAACACACUGACGUCAAUGAUAAGAGGAAAAAAGUUAAUAAACAAAAAUGGGUUCCUUUGGAAAUCGAUCUGGCGAAAAAUAGAAACAAGAGAGUUCGAUCUCCGAAAUUUCGCAGCCAAAGAGAUAAAAGUGAAGAAGAAAGCUGGAGGGACAGAGAUGAGAGAUCAAACUACAAUUACAGAGGGAGAGGAGGUCGAAGUUAUCGUGGCCGAGGAAGAGGUCGUGGAUCAUCUCGUGGUGGAUAUAGAAACAGAAGUGAACAAGAUUUUCCAGAAUACCUCAUCAAUAAUUAUUCUCAGGUACCGAAAUAUGGUCAAACGGAUCCUUACAUGAUGCCUUAUAUUGGAACAUUUUAUUUUAAUAAUGCCAAUUAUUUGGAUCUGGAUAACAUAACAUUGAAGGAAUAUAUUAGAAAACAAAUAGAAUAUUACUUCAGUGAAGAGAAUCUAAUGAGAGAUUUCUUCUUGAGAAGAAAAAUGGACGCACAAGGAUUUUUGCCAAUCACUUUGAUAGCAUCGUUCCAUAGAGUUCAGGCAUUGACAACAGACGUUGCUUUGGUGAUUGAAUCAAUCACUGAGUCUGAUAAAUUGGAAAUGGUCGAAGGUUUUAAAGUGAGAACAAACAUUGAUCCUCUAAAGUGGCCAAUUUUAGAUUCGGCGGGUAAUCCAAUUUUUGGUGAUUCCGCGGAAAUGUCGUCGUCACAUCCACAAAAUGAAAUGACAAAUGAAAUGUUAUUUCCUUCAAUGCAAUCGGAAUUUUGUCCAGUUGCACAGCCAUUAACAACAAUACCCGCGCCACCAGUGCCCAAAAUUUAUACAGUUUUUGCGCCAACCGAUGUUGUUGGUCGUCUCAGUGAAUCGGAAAGUGUUUCAUCGUCAAUUGGCGAUAGUUUAAAUCCCGAUGUACCCGAAUUUGUACCCGUUAUUCAUGCAAAAAUUGACGAAGAAGAAGAAGAACAACAACAACAACGUGAAAUGAAUAAAGAAAUUCACGAUAGAGUUGAUGUGACUACUAAUAAUAGUAAAACAAGUGUCACGUCUCGUAAUGAUAAGGAAUCAAUGAUGAAGACAGAGAAAAAGGAAACAAAAGACAAGAAACGCGAGGAGAAACGAGAAACAUUACUUAAUGGAAAUAAAGGACCCGAUGAAGUUUGGAAAGAGGUGAAGAGAAGAGUGAAACAACCACCAAAGGACAAAUCAUCAGAAGAUAAAGAAAAGAAGGAAAAAGAAGUACGAGAAGAAUUGGAUUUUCAAUUUGAUGAGGAACUCAACACUCCACCUCCAACAGGUCGUCACAACGCAUUUUCCGAAUGGUCAGAGGACGAUGAUGAUUGUGAACUUUCGGACGGUGACAUUAAUAAAUUGUUGAUUGUCACACAAACAUCAGUGGCGAUUUCAUCGCGUAUUCCAAAACACGAGGGUCAUGAUCGCACUGGGGAUUGGACAACAAGAGUUAAAAUGAGUCAGGAACUUGAGCAGGCAAUUGACGAUGGACUUUUUUAUUACGAAGAGGACCUGUGGACCGAAGAUGGCACAAGGUACGGAUCGUUGUCGUCGAUUGGAAGCUACAAGACAGUCAAUAUUAUCAGUCAGGAAGUUUUUGAGAAAAUUGCACCAAAAGCACCACGUAAAGCAAAUCCGGAAGUACCUCCGCCACCUCCCGCUGUCGAUGAAGUCGAAGUGCCACAAGUGACAUUUGCACCGACGCCAAUUGUUGAGGAACAGGAGAAACGUGAGCGUAAAGGAGAAAAGGACGGAAGACGAUUGGAUCGAGGUAUUGUUAGCGGAAGAAGAGGCGCAGUUCCUCGAUUUUUCGCUGUCGUCAAAGAUGAACCUUCAUUUGAUCCACGAACACCAAGAAAACGUAAAACUCGUCACAGCAAUAAUCCACCCGUUGAACAUCAUGUCGGAUGGAUUAUGGACGUCAGGGAACACAGACCUCGCACAUAUUCCACUGGAAGUAGCGCUGGAACAAGUCCGAACGAAGGAUUUUUGGCCAGCAGCUGUGGAAGUGCACCACAAUCGCUUCCAACAUUUCAUCAUCCUAGUCACGCGUUACUCAAAGAAAAUGGAUUCACCCAACAAGUUUAUCACAAAUAUCAUUCUCGUUGCUUGAAAGAGCGCAAGAGACUUGGAAUUGGACAAUCACAAGAGAUGAAUACACUUUUCCGAUUCUGGUCAUUUUUCCUGAGGGAAAAUUUCAAUCGCAGUAUGUACGAGGAAUUUCGAAGUUUGGCAAAGGAAGACGCGAGCGAGGGGUAUCGUUAUGGUCUCGAGUGCCUUUUCCGCUUCUAUAGUUAUGGUCUUGAGCGAAAAUUCAGGCCGCAACUUUAUAAAGACUUUCAAACGGAAACCGUUUCCGAUUAUGAGAAUGGACAAUUGUACGGUCUUGAAAAAUUCUGGGCGUUCUUGAAAUAUUACAAACACGCAGUGGAACUCGAUGUCGAGGCAAAAUUAAAAGAUCAUCUUUCCAAAUUCAACAGCAUUGAAGACUUCAGAGUUGUCGAGCCACAAAUAAAUGAAGUCUCGAGAUCACAGGCAUCAAAGCGUCGUAAUCGAAGUUAUUCAGAAUCAGCUGGUGCAAAUGAAACAUCACCAACGCGUCGUGUUCGUUGUUUAUCGGGUGGCUCAAGUACAGUUACACUUGAGGCGUCUACAUCGUCCUCGGGUCCAUCGCAACCAAAAUUACGAUUCGAAACAUCAUCAUCAUCAACAACAACUGCCUCUCAAUAUCGUAAUCGUACCGGUUCUUUUGGUUCCGGUCGUCUCACCCAUUCCAAACGACGAAGCGAUUCAUCGAGUCAACGCGAUCUCGCCAAACAAACAGCACAAUUUGGCAAUCGGCACAAAACUCAGGAAGUCGCAAAAUCUCAACGACAACAACAACAACAACAACAAGCAACAAAAUCUGGUACUGCCGAUAAACCAAAAACAGAACCAACUGUCGUCACCGUUGCUGCGCAAAAGUGAUGUGUUUUAUUUUCUUUUUAACUUUUUGGUUAUUUGUUGUGUCCAGAACUCAAAAAUUCAAAAAUCUCUUUUUUUUCUUCAACCCAGAGAAUUUUGUUGGACAUUUUAUUUUUUUUGUCUCUGUUUUCAAUUGGCGACGAAUAGAAGAAAAUCAAAGUGAUGUUUUUUUUUUUUUCAUUUUUUUUUUUUUUUUUUUUUUUUUUUUUUUUGAAAAAAAAACGAUUCCACUUUUUGAGUGGAAAAAAAAAUGCAGAAAUUUUAAAACGAUGCGCAAAAAAAAUGGUCGUUAGACGGAGUUUUUUUCGGAAAAUUAAAAAAAAAAAAAAAAACUAUAUUUUUUCCUUACAAAUUAGUUUGGAUGUGGAAAAAAGGUAAUUGUUUAUUUUUUUUUUUUUUUUAGAAAUUAAGUGUGAAUUUAUAAGAACUGAUGUAAUUUUUUUCUUCAUUUUUUUUUCUUAUAGAAUCCUGAUGAGGCGAAAACCAUUUGACGCACUUUCAAUAAGAUAGAUGUAGAUUUAUUAUUUUUUUUUCUGUAUUUUAGAAGUUGUUACUAUUACGACUAAUUUAAUUAUCGUAAGUAUUAGACAUUGAAUUACAAGUUUUUGGAUUUUUUUUUUCUUUUAGAAAUUAAAAAAAAAAAAAAACCUCAAGGGGAACUUUCUUUGUAUUUUCUUUUUCUUUGACAGUUUUGUGGAACGCCAGUCAAAAAAAAAAUUUUAGACAUGACAUUCCGUUUUGUUAAUUGCAAAUUUCAGAGGGGUUUAAAGUUUAGCAAUUUUUUUUCAAUUUUCUUUUCUUCUUUUCGACUUUGAUCAGAAAAAAACGAUUUUUUUUUUGAAAUAUGGGCACAAUUUUAUUAAAUUAGGUUGAUGUUAAUUUUAUUUUUUGUAUAAAUUUGAAAGAAAAAAAGUAACAAUUAUAAAAUUUGCUGUGAAAAAUAAUAAUAAUAAUAAUAGUAAUAAUAAUAGUUAAGGUGUAGAGGAAGAAUUAAAUUUAUUUUUCUGAACUUUUUGAAUAUGUAAUUAUUAUGGGAAAAAUUAAUAUUUUAUAAACAUUUCGAUUUAAUUUUCUAAUUGGGUAAAUUUAAGAAAGAAAUUAAAUUUUCCAAAUUUUCUUUCCUCAUUGGAAAAAGAAUGAAAAAACAAAAAUUGUACAUGAUUUUCUUCACAUAUAUUUGUAAAUUAUUUUUUUACUAUGUAAAAAAAAACAAAAAACAAAAUUUUUUUUCCUUGAAUUUUUUUUAAAAUUAUUUCUAUUUUAAAAUUUUUCACCUUUUUUUUAAUUUUGAGAAAAAAAUUUUUUUUUUCAGGGGAGAAUUUUUUGAAAAAUAAAUAUUUAUUUUUUGAUUAAGAAAAGGAGAAAAAAAUAGAAAUUUAUCAAUUUUAGAUAAAAAAAAAAAUUAAUUAAAAGGAAAAAAGGUUAAUUUUUUUUUUGGGUUGUAAAUUAAUUUAAUUUUUGAUGAAAAUAAAAAUGAAGUUAUUAAAAGUGGUGAAAAAAAACCGAUAUGUGAUUUUUAAUAAGACUUUCAACUAAAUAUGGAAAUAAAAGAAAAAAACUUUUUUUCUGAUCAAAGAUAUAAAAAAGAAGUUAAAUUCGGGAAAAAGAAAAAUGAAAUUUGUUUUUAAUUUUCCGUCUUCGAUCUCGCAUCACUGCCACAAUUCUGCGUUUGUUUUGUUUGUUUUUUUUUUUUUUUUUUUGCGAAUUUCUGUCGUGUUUUCCAGUGAUAAAAAAAAAUGCGCUUGCCUCCAUUUGUUUCACGAUAAAAAAAAAAGAAAUAAUUUAGCACAAAUAGUCUACAAUCAAAUCUUACCGCUGAGAAGAAAUUUCCCAGAAAAACCGUGUUUUUUUUUUAUUAGACUCUUAUUUUUUUAUUAUUACUAUUGUUGUUGUUAUUAUUAUUACUCUAUUAUUAUUUUUAUUUUAACUAUUCUUAUUAUUAUUAUUAAUAUUAUUUUUACUAUUUUCAUUAUUAUUAUUAUUAUUAUUAUUAUUAUUAUUAUUAUUAUUAUUAUUAUUAUUAUUAUUAUAAUUAUUUCUUAAAAAAAAACAAUUUUACAUAAAUUAAAAAAAAACUUAUUUUUCAUGGUUCUUUAUCAUUGUUAGAAUUUGUCUUUCUAUAAUUUUCUGGGAUAUUUUCUUAUCGUGGAAGUUUUUUUUUGUCAACUGUAAAAAAAAGAAAAAAAUCUAAAAAAAAAUAAAAAAAUAGUGAAUAAAACUUGCUCACAAUUUUCAGUCUUGUAUAUAACGAUUUAAAAAAAAAUGAAUUAGAUAAUAUUAAGAAUUGUUAUUAGAUUUAUCAAAUAGUUUUUUAAGCGAGUGACUAUAUUUAGUUGAUAAUUUUUAUGAUUAUUUGUGCUGAACACGAUUAAUUAAUUAAAUAAUCAAUUAAUUAAUUAAUAAGACCCAAUAAGGCUUAGUUUUAAUAAGUUUCAUGAAUAUUUUAAGUCCUAAUAGAGAAAGAGGGUAUGAUAAAUAGAAAAAAAAAUGAAAGAAUGAAAGUAUAAAUGUGUGUGUGAAGGGAAAAAAAAAAGUUCGCUCGUGGCGUACAAAAAAAAAAAUGCAAAAAAAAAAAAAGUUAUUUUUAUCAACGCAGAAAACUUUCCAAAGAACCUUUAAAAGUUCCUCCCGUUUUUUUUUUUGUUUUUCUUUCACAAGAACAAUUUUUGACAAAUUUUUUUUUUUGAUUUUUUUCAAAUUGCAAAAAAAAAUUUUUUUUACGUUUUUUUUUAAUUGAUUAUGAGGACGGGACGAAUUUUAUUUUCGGCGUACACCAAACGUAGCGAACAUGUCAGUUUGUAAAUUAUAUAUACAUAAAAAAUAUCAUAUUGUUA